AUGGAUACGCAUCCUCCGAAGUAUGCUACCUUUCCUUGUCUAGGGAUGCGCGUCAAGGGUUGCAUGCAGAAACAGGGGGGGUACCCGACAGGAAGAGAAAAAAAGGAAAGAAAAGCCUCCUUCCAAGGUUCAGCAGUUGACUCUGAGGAAUUAGGAGGCCAUCUGACGGGCGAAGUCGCUGAUCAGUUGCCUUCUGAUCAUCCGGGGUUUCCUGCCGCAAUUGACCUUGGAGGACAGUAUACAUCUCGUAGGCGGGUAUCAUCCGGAGAGCAGGAAUGGGUCUAG